CCUGACUUCCGCUUUGGGAAGUUCCACGUCCCGGCAAGACCUACCCAAAAGGGGGGGGGGAGGAAAGAGCAUCGUGACGUCACCAGCAAGGCAUGCCGGGGUUUGUAGUCUCUCUUGAAGGGAGCGGGGACCAGAAACAUAGAAGUGUGCUGAGGGAAAGCUGAGGUGAAUUUUUCCCCCAGAGGGAAGGAGAGUGACCUCAUGCUUUUCAAUCACCUCAGAGGAAUGGAAGUAGCCAAGUUUGCCACCCUUUGGACCACAACAGGUGAAAUCACAUUGUAGAUAACCCGCCUUUCUGAAGUGCAAUGAAGAAUCCAGAAUGAGGAAUGGCUGGGGAACAGGAGGCUAAUCAACCCCCUGGGAGGAGUAAUUGUCCUGGUUCAUUUAAGGUAAACAGCUAUAGGAAGCGAAAUAACAGCAGAACCAGAAGACAGAGAAAGAAAAGAAUGCUAACAUGCUCAGUUGACACAGCAGACCCAGAAGAUAUCCUGUCAAUGGAAAAUCUAGUUCUCUCUGAGACAGAAGUUAUACUGAAAGAUUUGGACCAAAUUCUCAAGCAUGUUGCAGAUACCUUCAAGCCUUCUUUUGAGUCGUUUGCGGAUGGGGAAGACAAUGAUUUAAGGGAAAAGGUAACUAACUGCUGCACUGAAUUCACUGAAAAAAAGCCAAUGGAAAUCAACACUCAAGAGGACUGUGUUAUAAUUGAUGGGAAAACUUUGAAGGCUGGAGAGUGCAUUGAGAGCAUAACAGACAGGUUUAAGGAAAUAGAUUCUUUAAUGGCUGAAUUCCAAGACAGCUUGUAGCACUGAUAAGAGAAAAGCUAUUAUACUAUUACAGCUUUAAAGUGCAUCCUUUUUCACAUGUAGCUGGAGAUUCUUAACAGCAGUUUAACAAUAUGGUUAGUUUGAUAUUCAGUUCAUUUUUACUAUGUUUUCCCCGCGUUCUUUGAGAAAAUUGAUAUCAAACUUAGUUUCUGAAGAUUACAAACUCGAUUUAAUGGCUAAAGUGUGUGUUUUUAGAAUUUGUUUAAUAAAGAUGUAUUUUCCUUGGU